GGCUCUGCCUUGCUCUGGGGCACAGCGGUGCGCAAACGCAUCGCCGCGACUCAGACCCCAGCUGGACGCCUUCGACGCGAGCAACUGCGCCUGAGCCACGCAGCGCACACCAAAAUCCUCUCCUGCGAGAGAGAGCACUCAUGGCACGCCUCAGAGCAGCGCUGGCCCUCGCCGCUACAGCAAGCGCACUAGUGAUCCCAACCCAGCCAGUCCUCACGCGCUACGCGGCCGGCAAGGUCUUGGAGGCGGCAGAGCUCAAAGCGAAGGACGAGGACUGGCCCGUGACGAUCUGUGUGUGCGACGGCGGCGGCGUGCCCUUAUGUUUAGCACGCUUGGACGGCGCCUUCCCCGCCUCCGUCACGCUCGCCACGGAGAAGGCGCGGACGGCGGCGCAAUUUCGCAAGCCGACGCUAGAUUUGGAGAGCGCCGCGAACGACAAGCGGCCCGCACUCAUCGCGUCGGGCUUCACGGUCCUAGGUGGGGGGGAGCCGAUCUUCGUCGACGGCUACUGCGUCGGCGCCGUCGGCGUCUCCGGCGUCUUGCCGACCGAGGACGCGGAGGUAGCAAAAGCGGGCGCCGCGGCGAUCUGCCCGACGACGGCUCCGCCCGACGUCCCGGCGAAGGCCGUCGCCUUCGAGGCAUGACUAAACUAUACUGUG